AUGGAUAGCAAGAUUAAAGAUCUGAGAAGUCUAACGAUCACAGACUUAAAUCGUAUUUUCAAAGAAUAUCCAAAAUUAGACGAAUUAUCUAGUGUUAUAGAAACGGAUACAAUAUACCGUCUCCAGUUAAAUGACAUAAGCAGAAAUGAUUGGAAAGUUAUGGUUUACACAAAUAUUCUAUUUCAAGAGCGACCAACGAUCCCUCUCUGUAUUCUGUUACACGAUAAUAAGUCAGAAGAGUCACAUCUACAGUUAACAAAAUUAUUUUCAAACAACGCAUUAAUUGAAAAGAAAUGUGUAUUAAUCAGUGAUGCGGAAUUAUCGUUCAAAAAUGCAUUUGCUAACCAGUUCCCAUCAUUACAAAUGUUACGGUGUUAUAAUCAUUAUCAAGAAGAUCUGAAGAAAUGGUUAAAAGCAGAUUUUAAUCAGAAAUAUCGAACCGUAACACCACAAUUGCCCACAAAUGUGACUCCAACGGCAGAUACAACAAGUAAUGCAGCAACAACUUCUCAUGAUGCAACAUCAAAUAAUGAGGUUUAUACAUCAAUGAAAAGAGAUUAUGUAAACAAUCAUGUUGACGACGUUAUUAACUUAUUACACAGUAACUCAUUACAACAUUUUACUGACAACUAUAAUCAAUUAAAACACCGAUGGCCAGAAUCAUUCCACGAUUAUUUCUCAAAAUAUCAUCUACCGAGGAUAAAUGAACUUGGUGCAUGGAGUUCAAGAAAGCUUGGUCUAUAUGAUGAAUUGUCAGGUGUUACUAAAAACUGUUCAGAAAGUUACAAUAGCGUAAUUAAAAGUUGGGUUUGCUGGAAACAAUUAGCUAUGGACGUUUUUGUGCAGAUGAUGUACGAGUUAAUGGGGUAUUAUAUAAAUGAGAUUACUCAAGGAUUGACCGGUCAUGGUGAUUAUCAUUUGGUUCGACAGUGGGCUUAUUUAAAAACGAAAAUUCCAUUGUUUCGUCGGGUGGUGUCCUAUCAUCCUGAGGAAAUUUUAGAGAAAUUUAAACAAAAAGUAAAACCGGAUGCGCAACAACAAGCAUUUAUUGAAGGAGUUAAAUAUGGUCGUCCUCAAUCACCUUUGACUAUCGACAAUAUUCAUGAAACGAACGACAAUUGGUUACAACAAAUAGAUGUUACCGAUGUUGAACCGGAGACAGAGACAAUUUCCAUAAAUUCAAUGUCGGAGGAAACAACACGAAUAACCGAUCAAACUGUCGGUCGAUCAUCGCUAACAGUUACCGCAAAAGCGUCAUUAUUAAUCGAUCAAGAUUUUGUUAAUUUUGAUGGAAAAUUAAGAUCGUUUCUUGUACGAUCUCUGGACGACAAAGACGUCCAUAUAAUUGCUCUCAAAAUGUAUCUGAAAAUGCCGAUGAAAGAAUCUGAGAAAAAAAUGAAUGCUGGUCGAGAACGAAAACGAGUGAUUACUGAAACAAAAGAAGGUCAACCUGGACCAAAGCGUCCUAGACGAAGGGACAAAGCAAGAAAUAAGUUAUAUGAAGAAAGAGAGCUUAUUGAAAAUUUGAAGGCACCACUACCAGCUGUACUGGCAGUAGCAACACCUCGUCAACCUCUACAAGCUAUUGGAAAUGUUGUUUUAACCGCACCAUCGUCUUCUACCGCAUCAACAAAUUAUAUUUUGUCUAAUUCGCAAUCACCAUAUUUUCGAAAUGUUUCGCUUCGACUAUCUUCUCGUUCACAAUCAGUUGCACCUUCGUCUAUCAUGCAAUCGCUUCAUCAAAAUUUUUCUGUGCUUCCACCUACUCGUCAAAUAUCACCCACAAUACCAAUUAUCAUUCCACCUUCCAGUUAUAGUGUUAGCCCUCUCCCAUCUAUUCGUCCGCUAUCAAAUUCUAUGAUUAUCAGACUUUCAUCACCAAGAAGCAGUAUGUCAACCCCACAUUCUGAUACACAAUAG